GCUAUUUGAAAACCUCCUCCAUAUUGAUUAUAAUGUUAUUAAAAAACCGUGGUUUCGCAAUGAAAGAAAGACCUUCGAAGGGGAGGUCGCGGCCAUGUCCACAGAGUACUGCAGCCGCUUGGUCGUGUUCAACCUUGAGCAAGAAAUUCAAAAGAGCUAGAAAGAUGAACCAAGACACCGACAACGACAUGUCCUAUAGACCAAAAUAUGACGAGAGAAGUUAAUAAAGUGUUGCUGUUCCGAAUUUCGGAAUUCGAAAAUACAUGAUCUUCGAAAUUUCUAAGCGCUCAACUUGUUCAAUCUUGCUCCUGUCUCCUAAUUUCAAAAAGCAAGAAUUUCGAUUCGUAGCAACGGCACGAACAAAAACCAAAGCCUCCUCCUCCAAGAAAAUCAUAUUUAAAAUCAACCGAAACCUCCGAGAGAAGAAUAAUAAUAUUGUAACAUGGCUGCUGCAGACGUGCUCCUUGAAGACGACUCGUCGGACGACGAUUUGGACCUUAUGGGUCCGAACUCAUUGCCGGACGAGUAUCGGGACUUGGUUUUAUGGUGAGGUUGUUGAUGAAAGAGAAUUAUAUAUGUACCAGGGAGGGAGGCCCCCCCCCCCUGUGGAUGGAUCUGGGGUGGACCACGCCAGAGGGGUCCAGCCUUGCCACCUUAUUGGCCAGGCCUGUCGAGGGGCUGCCGGGCGGGAAGGCCUCAAAGCGCCCACUUCUGACCCCUUCCCGUUUCUUGCCUGUACCCUACAGACCUGGCAAAGGCAGGGCCCCGCUGGCUUGUUGCAUGUACCCGACAGACCUGGCAAAGGUGGCAAAGGCCGGGCCCCGCUGCCUUGUUGCAUGUAUCUACCGACCCGGCAAAGGAGGCAAAGGCAGGGCCCCGCUGCCUUGUUGCGUGUACCCUACAGACCUGGCAAAGGGGGCAAAGGCAGGGCCCCGCUGCCUUGUUGCGUGUACCCUACAGACCUGGCAAAGGAGGCAAAGGCAGGGCCCCGCUGCCUUGUUGCAUGUACCCUACAGACCUGGCAAAGGGGGCAAAGGCGGGAACCCACCCCCUUGCAACACGACAAGAAGGCCCAGCCUUUGCCACCUUUGCCAGGUCUGUAGCGUACAUGCAAGAAGCGGGAAGGGGUCAGAAGUGGGCGCUUUGAGGCCUUCCCCCCCGGCAGCCCCUCGAAAAGAGGGGCCGGGGCGGGGAGUUAGGGGGGGGGGGGCCUCCCGCCCUGAGCCCUGGAACAUAUAUAGCAUUGACUGGUAGUGGUGGCGUUUUUUCUCAGUGUUCUCUAAUUUCCUCCUUCUCACCGGUCGAAACGCGUGCCCGUUCCAUGCUUGAACGCGAUGUCGACCAGAUCCUGUCACGAAAUGCGGCUCUACUGCGUGAUUCCUUCGACCCUUUGCAGAAAUAUGGUCGUGUUGCGGAAGCCAUGUCCUCGUCAUCUGUGGAGGAGCCUCCACCACGAGGACUCUCCAAACAGCAAGAGCUGCAAGAGAAGCAGUUUAAUCUCAACCAGACUAGUUCAGGUUCGCCUCCAAGAUACCAGGAGACCAAACAGGAGUCUUAUCACGACGAACAAGACGAUGAGCAGAUGAAUGACGAGGCAGAUGAUGAUGAACAACCUUUAUUCGACUACGUCGUCCCGCCACCACGUCAAUCAUCAAUCUCGACGUCAAAGGAGCAUGACAGAACGAUUGGGAGCAAAUCCACAAGAGCUUCGACCAAGGAGAGCGUGCUGGAGGAAUUUGCCUCUUCUGGAGGUGGAGCAGCAUCGUCGAAUAAAGUAGCUCUUCCUGAAGAGGUGGACGGGGAUGAAAGCGUACUAGAAGAAGAUGUUGAUCAUGAUGUUGAUGAAAGCGUACUGGAAGAUGUUGAUCCUGAAGAUGGCGAGAACAGUGAAGAAGAUGACGAUGAGGCAGAGAAAGAGAGCGAUUCAGAAUCAGAGGCGAGUGUUCUCAAUACAGCGGAAAAAGAGGACCUGGCUCUACAUUAUGCGACUGCGGCUGAAGAAAAUGAGGAGAAAGAUGACGACGCCCUUGCCUCAUCUUCGGUUCUUUCCGUGUUGAAGGUCGAACUGCCACGCGUGACGCUGGUGGAUGAGAAACCAGAACAAACUCCAAGUUCAACAUCUUUGCGGCCCAUUACCAUUACCAAGUUCAAGACAACAAAAGAGACUAUGACGUCCAUACCAAUCUACGAAGUCGAGAUGGAUCGUACCUUGACCCACGCAGAUUCGUUAGACAAUUUUACAGGUUUCCAUCCACAUCGCCUACAACAAUCAUCAGAAGCAUCAUCCACAUUGUCUUAUGCAGACAAUAAAUCUCUCGACAAAUCCGAUGUGCAUCACGGAUCUGUCUACUACUAUUCGCGCAGCGAGGAUGCUGGAGGUGGUGGAGCUGCUGCGAAAGCUAGUAGUAGGAGAAUAACCGGCAGCACUACUAGGAGCACCCCAAGGAGCUCCUCCAUUUCUGGUACUCCUUCGCAGUCGGCUGUAAGAGAUGCUGCUCUACUAGGAACAACCAAUAUACCACCUGAUGACCACUUCCCAUCUGCCAGUAGCCAGUUUAUGUCAUUUCCUCAGGCGCAUGCACAUGCUGUCGAUGUGCCACAAGUGCGAAGGGUGCAUGGCUCAAAGACGUCGACUCCGCUACAACAGAGGGAAGGGCCUACUUCUACAACAGUUGCUGGGAGAGCUGCUCCUGCACCAGGUGGCUCUUCGAGUUCUUCAUCGUCCAGUACAACACCUAGAACUUCCUCUUCUGUGAAUACCACCAGCUGCAGCAGUGGAGGACCUUCCUCAAGAGCAAGACAAUUCGUGAUGCCGUGCAACAGAGCAAAUGUCCGUUUGGUCGCCUCUGCAAGAGCGAGCACGACAGUCGAUAGAGUCCAGAGAAUGGAUUUCGAACCUCCAGAUCGUAGUCUGCUAAUAAGUGCUUCAAGAAUGGCGACGAGGACGACAGGACAAACAUCUUCAGCUUCCGUACCACGACAACGACGGGCUCCGGCUCCGCCGAUAGUUGUUGACGAGUCUAGUGGUGUCACGGAUGCAGCGUCGCCAGUAGCUAACGAUGUUGUGAACAAGCCGAAUCUACCUGGUCAGAAAAUCAAGGUUGUUCCAACGAGGAAAGCAAGUGCAACUGGUGCUACUGCAGCAAGCAUUAAGGCCUCUUCCAACUCGCCUAGUGCUGCACGAGUAGUCUCGUCUAGUGCUGCAGCAGUGUCGUCAACGGCGCAACCAUCGCCGAAACCCUCUAGACGAGCCGCGCCUGCUCCGGCGCCUGCAUCAGAGUCAGUUGCAAGAACAAGAACACCACCACCUACUGUAGCUUCCUCUAGUUCAAGCACGAAAAGAGUAGUGAUGAAGCAAGACGCUCAAAAGACUUCAUCUUCUACUGGUCCCAUACAGCCCCGCACUGUAGGGACGAAUGCUAAAAAUGUUGUUGUGGUACCGACCACUACAACGACCACAUCAAGCAAGUCUAAGACUUCUGCUUCAUCGUCAACGACCACAUCAAGCAAGUCUAAAUCGUCAACGACAGGAGGGAACACGACCACAGCUGCCAGCCAUAAUCCCAGAAGCGCGUCUCUGAGAACUCCAAGACCAGCCAUGCAGCAACGUCCUCGAACGGCAGAGACGACGACAGCCACAGAAAGACGCUGCAUUGCCUCUUCUACUUCAAUCCGAGCUGGCUUUCGAGAAGGAAUCUCAUCUGCUUCAGCUUCGACUACUCCUAAAAACUACACGUCUAACCUUCGAAACGGCAUCAACUGGACAUCAGGAAGUUGUAGCGCAGGAGGUGUUAACGGCAAGAAUGUCCCGCCAAGAGGUCCGCGGUCAGGGUCUAACACCUCUACUAGGACAGGAACGACAGGAGCUUCUAGAAAUGUCGCAAAUAUCAGAACGCCAAGUCGAAAUGGUGUAUCUUCAGGUCGCUUGCAAGGACCAGCUGCUGGCGGCACUUCCUCCUCGUCGUCCAAACCGAAGCCAGAGUGGAACUCUACAGUCACGGAUUUGAAUCGCUAUAGGUUGGACCCCAAUGUGCAGCAGCGAAAGAAGACAACGCGAGUUUCUACGAAUUUGACACUGGCUACUGCCGAAAUGCAAGGUAUUGACUUGGCUUUCGAGUUUUCUUUUACAGUGCUGUCAGGAUAUCUUGCAACGUCGACGUUGAUAUGGUCCAAUUCAUCACUAGCUUUCAUAACAAACUUUAUAACUUCCUAAAUCUCAUACUCAUCCAUUGUGAUUACUUCAACAGAAAAAAUCUCUUCGAUGAAACGUGAUAUCCGACCUUUUCUUGGUGGUCCUCGCGAGGGAGAACGACCUAGCGCUGUUUUCCGCUCCGCCGUUCAGACUGGUCGGAUUCCGUCUGAAACACCAAGAAGCCGCGACUUCGCGACAAGAAGCACUAUGCAGAGUAAAUCAGUAUCAUCGGUGACUGGAGGAGUGAGUGCUGGGACAAGCAGUGGUAGUAGCCAUUACAACUGUGGGGUGAAAGGGACACAUCGUCCUAAUUCUGUAGACCGGGAGCUCGAGCAUCAACUUGAUCACUUUCAUGAUCUCGAUGAAUUCCAAGCUUCAACUACAGAACAAGCAGGCCAAAAUUUCACCGUCAACGAUGCAGAAGCAGAUUUUCUGCAUGGUGGCAUUGCGCCUAAGCCGUUAUCUGCCCUGAUAGACGAACAGCUAAAAGCCUUCCGACGACCCGGAGAAUAGAACUUCUAGGUGGUCUUCGCAUUGGUUUUUUGAGUAGCAGUAAGAAAUUUCUGUUUCUGAACCUGAUGAAAUUAAUAGAAUGAACGUCGUCUCUCAGGCAUUUCUAACCGAAUAAAUUUCAACUCGAGCAUCAACUUAGCAGUCUACUUACUCUAACAAAAGGUAUACUUAUACAUCUAAGACUAAGACGAAUACGAAAAAGAAAGAUUGUAAAUAACAUUUGAAGUAUCUUGAUCUUCUUGAUCUUGUACGACUGAAGAAUGGCAUUAUUUUACUCUUGAUGAGUAUGAUUAUGAAUCUACUCACAGACUAGAUGACUCAAAAGAUUGCUAUCGUCGUGUUUAUUUUACCUUCUUGAUAGAAGAACAAAGCAUUCUACCCUAACAGCAAGAUGGACUACCACUAAAACGGUGGACAUUAAUUCUUAGUGGUGAAAACCCGCAUUCGCAUAAUUACAUUUGGAUGUAAUUUCACAAAAUCACAUCCUGCAAAAUCUUUGUAGUUACAGUUUUCGAGAAAGAGGACUUCAACUGCCUCGUGUUAGAGGCCGCAUCUACCGAGGAGAGAACUAAGAAGAUGUAUUGAGAAAAGAUGGAGAUCAAUAAUUCCA